CUCAGUCGUUUGCCGUAUUAACAGUAAGGAGUGACGCAGCAACGCCGAACGGACAGGAGAGUUUUUACAGUCAAGAUGGCGACGUCGGAGCCGCAGUGUGGAACUGAAUCUGAAGAAAGCACAGCAGAACCUACAGUAGUUGCUAACCCAGAAGAAUACAUGAAACAUCCUCUUCAAAACAAAUGGGCUCUUUGGUAUUUCAAAAAUGACAAGAGCAAAAGUUGGACGGAAAAUCUGAGACUUAUUGCCAAAUUUGAUACAGUUGAAGACUUCUGGGCGUUAUAUAAUCAUAUACAGCAACCUAGUAAACUUGGAUUUGGAUGUGACUACUGUUUAUUUAAGGAUGGAAUCAAACCGAUGUGGGAGGAUGACAGAAAUAAACUUGGGGGAAGAUGGUUAAUGACACUCAACAAACAGCAGAGGCAUAAUGACUUGGAUCGGUACUGGAUGGAAACGCUGUUAUGUUUAAUUGGAGAGUCCUUCGGUGAAGCCAGUGAAGAUGUGUGCGGCGCAGUUGUCAAUGUUAGACCAAAAGGUGACAAACUAGCCAUCUGGACAGGAAACUGCGAAAAUAAAGAAGCAAUCAUGACUAUAGGGCAACAAUACAAAGAACGUUUGAGUAUUCCUUCAAAAGCCCUUAUUGGAUACCAGUCACAUGAUGACACAUCUAGCAAAAGUGGCUCCACAACAAAGAACAUAUUUACAGUUUGAAGAAAGUUGGUUAUUUGUUGUAGGUUUAUAAAAUUAUUCAUCUGCACAAUAACAGUGAUUUAUGAAUUGUCAACUACAGUAGUGUCCUUUUUUUUUUAACAUGUUUGUAUAUGUACAAUAUUCCUUUGCCUUCACAAUAAAAAUGAACAGCAGUAUUUUUCAAUACUAAACAGUCAGACGACAGUCUAAUGGGCAGAUGUAUUGAUCUGUUAUAGUAACAAAGAUUUCAGUUUUCUGUAGAGCUUUUAAUGGGUAUUACAAUAAGAAGUAAAUAUAAUGUGCUGCCACAGAUUUUAGUAAAGUGUAUGAGUAAUAAAUAGAUAAACUACAGAGGUUGUAGUUAACAUUUUUGAAUAAAACAACCUUUCUCGAUAAGCACUCUCGCUUUAUUGAACGCAUAAGACUGCUGCUAAAUAUACAGAUGUCUAGCAAAUAUCCAGAAAAGUAAAUGUAAUUCCUCUGUACUCAGACACAAAUUCUCUUCACAAAUAAUCCUUCAUUAUCAUUUGAAUGUCACAUGUAUUUUAAUUUAUGUUAAUAUGAAAAGUAAUCUGAGCUAAACCUGCCAGAAAAUAUUUGACAUUUCAGAAAGCAGCCACUGUCUUUCUCUGUUGGAUUAAAACUUGGUUCAGUAAUUUUCAGCUAAAAUACUAUUUCAUUUGAAAUGUAGUUUUGCUUGUAGUACUAUAUAACGUUUACUUUUUUUUUCUUACAAAAUAUUUUUGGUUUAGGCUUUGCUGUGAAUUUUCUUAGAGAACUAUAAAGCUUUCAAGUCCCCGUUUUUUUGAUUUGUGAAAGAUUUUGCAAACGUGAACUUUUGAGCAUUAAAAAAAACAAAACGUUUUAUAACGUGUAAGAUACAGCCAUGCUUUCUCUAUUGCCUUCUCUUAUGCUGUCACUGUGCUACACACUACUUGUAGGUUAUUGCAAAAGUAAAUUCUAUUAAUUAUAUUGCUCUUAUUGUAUCAUGAUUUUGAUUCUGUUUUUUGCAGGAUGUAUAUUACAUUCUUAAAGUAAAAGGUAAUCUAUUUGCAAAUACA